AGUAUCAUAAUAUCCUUCACAAUGAAUAACAUACAAAUAAUGAAGACUUUAUUUUUUUGUUGUACUGUAACAAUAAUAGUUAUUGGUGUGCUAUCUGAAAAUGAAGAGUCGAUCGAAGCAAAGUACCACAAGGCUCGUGCAGAAUGUCAGGCAGACCCAGAAACUGGUGUGACGAAUGAAACCUUAUUGCGAUCAUUCAAAAGUCAAGAGAUCUCUCCUGCAGUUGGUAAUCACUCUCUUUGUAUUUACAAAAAACUCGAUGCUGUAAAUGAAAAGGGAGUUGUAAACAAAAGCGUUGUGGAAGAAAUGCUCCAAGCUAUCGUGGAAGACAAAAACAAACUCGAUGAAGCUGUCAAUGAAUGUGAAGAGAGAAGCAAAGGAACUCCUCUAGAAGUUGCUAUCGAGUUAUCGAAAUGCAUGUGGGAUACAUGGAAGAAGUACUCUGAGUCUGAUGAAGAAUAAGAAUCAUGAAGAGUAUCAUAGUCUUGUUUGAAAUAUUGCAUUAAAUAAUCAUGAUAUUAUCAAGC